AUGAUCUGUAAUUUGUUUACGAGUACAAUUGCUGCUUAUGGCAGCCUAUCAAAACACGAUCGUAGCAGGAGGGCUCCUAUACCGUGGCUCAUCUUUCCAGCUACAUCUCCCACUCGUGUUAUGUUUAUAGGUGGCAUUGGUUUACCACUAGAGGAUCUCGAAACUGAGGCGGUAACGACAGGCUAUGUCCUCAAGGCAGAAUACUGGCUGCCCGAAACGGCAACUUCGCUUCGAACGCCGACAGCUCUGCCCAUUCACCAGGUGCCCACGUUGGGAUCCGUUGGAGCACGUAGGCAUCGACCCAUGUUCGAGAACUUUCUGGUCGGUGUCGAUGAUUUGGGCAAGAGCACAAGGAAGCUACUAACUAGAACUAAUCAGGUGCUGAGCAGUUACCGCUGGACGGUGUACAGGGGUCUGGAGGGUCUGGCCAAACGUCUGGGCUACCAGGGACGCAUCUGUGUCUUGAAGAGCAUCUGCGAGGUAGCCGAGGAACCCUUUCAUGAAACCAAUGGACUCAUUGCCGAUCUACUGCAUAUACUCCUGACGCCCUCUUCAUCGGUGGAUAAGUUGUCUGAGCAUGCGGAUAAUGAGUACUACUACGCCGAGAAGGUGGGACAAACGGGGGCAGGCUGUGAGCGUGUCUUCAAAGAGUGCAGUCGCAGUUUGUUGCAACACUUUAGUGAACUGAACGACAAUCUGGAAAUGUUAAGUUCUUGGCAAUAAUACGCAGAAUUUUGUAUUCUAGCAAAGUGAAUUUCAAAGAUUUCAAGAAUUUAAAAUUAUUUAAG